AAAAACGUUUGAGUUUUUAGUUUGGGUGUUGUAAUAAAUAGUAUAUCAGAGUUAUUAAUUAUCGCUUCUUAAAGUUAUCCAAAGUCCAAGGGGUUGUCUUCCAAGAGUGUAACCGAAAUCAUCUAUCAUACAGUUCAUACAAAUCUAUAUUUCAAAGGUAAGCCUAAUCGACUAUAAAAUGAUUGUUUAUUUUUUUUAAAUAUGUUUUUAUUUUUUUGAAAUAUUUUAAGCUCUUUUGGAACAUAAAAUUUCCCUGACAAAAUUGGGACAACACAAUCGAAAAAUGAAUUCCUUUUAACUUUUACGAAGAGUGAGAGGUGAGAUGGCAUUUCAUAGAUGCGAGAAAAAACGUGUUUUUUAAUAACAGAUGGCCUAUAUAAAUUGUUGCAUACACAUUUAAAAAUCCUAACUAUCGGUAAUUGAUCAACAGGGCCAUGUUACUUUAUCUCAUAAGUUACAAUUACAAGUUGUUGUUUGUUUUUUAAAAUGUUAUUUCUAAGGUUCAAUUUGUAUUUGAAUUUUUUUUUAAAUAAUGAGAAGUAGAAGCCAAUUUUGUAACAUUUUUAUUUUCAUUUUUAUUAUUUAUUUAUUAUCUGAGUUGGUGUGGGGACUUUCUCAAAUACUUCGUAAAAAUUGGGGGGGGGGGGGGGGGGCAGAAUAUGGACAAGAUUGGGAAAACUCUUUAGUGAGGAGCCGUCCAUCCAUAAGGUACGGCACGCUAUUUUUUGUUUUUUUUACCCCUUCCCCCUGUCAGAAUUCUCACACCCUCCCCUCUAACUCAGGCCUAUGUUACACUUUCGAACUCAAAAAUAGUUUACAAACUAAAAACUAAUUACUAACAUAAAUUUUUAAUCUAAAACACACUGACAAUGAAAUUUAUGAAAGUGAAAUAUUCUGUAAGAAUGCAUCUAUCACAACAGAAAGUUCAACAUCACUGUUAAUACAGCCAGUUUCAGGUUUUAUUUGUAUGAUAUAAUCUACCCUCCCCCCGUGUCACAAACUGUCACACUUUCUUAGACACCCCCUCCCCCCUCCGUAGCGUGACGUGCUUUAUGGAAGGCCCCUAAAAGAGAUUUCCGAUUCUUUUAAAUUUUUUUCCCCACUUCGACUUGUGUUUUUAUUUUCCCGGCGUAAUAUCUAUAUUUAGAAACAUCAGGACGUAAAUUAAGACUUUAUUGUAAACAAUUUGUUUUACAAAUAACUGCAUACCGGCGAUAGGCUAAAACUCUGGGAAUCCUUGGGGGAAAUAGCGCGCGCUGGACUUUCGCGAGGAAUAGUGAUGAUGGUUUUUCAUGGGCUAGUGCGUAAUAAAAUAUCGGAUGGGACAUAAUAUUAAACAUAAAUAUAAUAAUAUUAAUCCAUGGGUUUACUAGGAAAUAUAUUUCUUUUUUUUUUUUUUUUUCCAAGAUUUCCACAAGGGAAACGAUGUUGAGAUUGAUGAGAAGAAAUGUGACUCUGUCACGGUUAUUUUCUGUAAAAAAUAAUGAAAAACUUCAUAGCAUUUUUAUUUAAAUUAAAAAAAAAAAUGAUUUUAAAAGUCUUGCAAAAUUUAUUUCGACACACUUUAAUAGUGCAUUUGCCACGCGCAGCUGUGUGACCUAAAUCGUGUCAAUUUCAAUCUUGUGAAAUGGGAGUUCCAGCAAGGCCUAGACAAGCAAAAACAUCACCAUCACACCGGGUAGACUCGUUAAACGUAGAUGACAACUCAUCUAACAGAAGGAAAACUAUAAACCCGGAGAUGGAGUCCCGUAGGCGGUAUGAUAUUAAUCUAAUGAAAAUUCCGACAACUUCUGCCAUGCUGUAUCAUCACCACAUUAUGUUCCCGUGUGUCCGCCAGAUGCGUGGAGUCAGCCGAUUCGCUGCGAAGAGAACACGCUUUUCCCCUGGGAAAAAUCUCAGGGUUUGUGACUUCGUCCUGCGAAGUCUACGCUAACGUCAGAUUGUGGCAGGGGAAAAAAGGUCACACGUUUUGAUUAAGGAAAGGGUUGCCCACGACUGCUCUAGCAGAUAAUAUAGGUUUUAGCACUAUUUAAAAAAAAAAAAAUUGAAUUUCAGCAGCACUAGGCCUACAGCAGGGGGUUGUAUUCUUAAAGUUUUAAAUUAAUGGAGUUGUCCUAACUUGCGAGAUUUUAAAUUAAGCCUACUAGUCUCAGUCUUUUAUUUUUCUUCAACAAAAUCUAGUUCAGACUUACUGGCAUUAUGGAUAACACUACUUCAAACGAAUCUACCACGGGAAUCGCCUCCGGACUUGAGGAAUUGCUGGAGAAUAUCAUCCUUCGUUGCGACACCUGCCAUUCUAGAUUUGACCAGAUCAAGCACACACCAAAGAUGUUGCCCUGCGGGCACACGUUCUGUCAGGGUUGCAUGACCAGCGUUGGCUUUUUGACCAAGACUUAUCCUGAUGUUUACAGUUUAGAAUGUCCAGUCUGCAGAUGCCAUCAUCCCUUGCAAAAUAAAAUCGAAGAUCUGCCCAACAACUAUACAAUCAUCAAAGUUCUUGACAUUAUUAACAGCAUGAUCUUCGAGUUCUCAAACGGAGGUUGCCAUAAGAAUGUCAAGGCUGUUCAGGCAAUGGGUGAAUAUCGACCCCGGGUUAAGGAGUCAAUGGUGAAAACAGUUGAAACCCAAAGAGAUUCAGUUGCACCUGCAGGCUGGCAGGACAAAGUGAGUUGUUACAUCACUUCCAGUUUACUGGUAUAUUAGUUAUGAACUAACAUUUCAAAACUUUGUUUCUUCAUAUUAAAGAAAAAGCUAAUAAUUAUUUAAUAUGAUAUAAUUUGUCCACCUUUAUACAGACAAUAUAUUUUUUUAAUAUACAUGAAUUUUAAUUAUUAUUUUUUUUUUAAAAUCUGAUUUUAAAUUAGAAAAGAGAAACCUUCUUGACUCUGACAUUCAAUCCUGAUGAUGAACGCACGGAAGUAUUUAUAUCAUAUACAAACCCUGACGAUCUGCCAUCAAUGUAUUUUUCAUGAGACAUGGAUGGGUAAUACUAGUUACAUGCAAUUUUUUUUUUGAGAUAACCCUAUUGGGUUUGAGCAAGGAUUAAUUACCUUUAAAUUUGGACCUUUUCUUAAGGCAUAUUAAUAUAAAAACAAAUUACACCAUUCAGAAAACAAAUAAAUGUAAACAUUGGACCAUUUAAGAUAGCCUAAAAAUUAAUUUGACUUGGACCAUUCAUCUUACAUAUAGAAAAAAUAAUAUUAGAAUUAGAACCAUUCAUAAAAUAGAACAUUAUUUUUUUAGAAAUACAAUUUACGUAAAUAAUUUAAUCAUUUUUAAAAUGUAUCAUUAUAUUUAUUUAAAAUAGGAUACAUAUACUAUAGAGAUUCGCAAAGUCAAAGCUCCUGUCAUUUCAGAAUAUGCAGGUCUUAUUGAAGGCUGCAGAUGUUCAAAUAUGAUAAUUUCCUCGGAUAAUUUAAUAUUCAACCAUUUUUUUAAAAUUUAUAAGCAUACUAUAUUUGGUUGAAGUUCUCCACAAAAAAAAAAAAAGACCAAAAUAAUUACUUAAUUUUUAAAAAUGAUUGUGUCUUUAUUUCUGUUUUGUUACAACACUAAGUUACAGAUACAAUUGUAACUUUUCACGAAUUCAUUUUAUAGCUCGUUGAUUAGAUUUCCAAAUAAAGUUAAAAUAAGUUAAGCCUAAAUUUCUGACUAGGAAAAUUAUUUGAUGUAGUACAUAAUGCUGAUUGUUGACAUAGAAAUGAUUUAUUUAUACAUUAUUUUAAACCAAUAACAGGUGCAGCCCUUACACUACACUUAAGGACUCUGCUGCGUUGAACGUCAAAACUCCAAUCUGCCAGACCCUGUCUGGAGGCUAUUUUCAUGGCUUGGCAGGAGCUCUGAGGAUUUUGGAAUGUGGGGCCUUGCAUAUGCUAACACUAGAUCAACAUUGCUUCGCUGUAGGUGAAAGACACUGAGUGACAUUAUCAAUUGUUAAUUGAAUAUCUGUAUUCUAUUUUAUCAAAACUUGUGUAAAAAGAUUAAUCAUCAUAAAUGUUCCACCAUAUUUUUGCAUUUGAUCAUAUGCUUAUAAAAAAAACCUUUAUGAUUAUGCAACAGAACAACAUCCCUCUAACAUAUGAGAACACAAGAACAAAAUUAAGCUUAUUUUGAAAAAUUAUUUUGAUCUAACUGUCAAAUAUUUAGCUUGAAACACUAAAACACUUUCAAGUAAUUGAGUGUACUCAAAUGUACCACUAGUAUACACAAUUUAAUUUCUCAUCAUUAUUCAACAGCUUGGGAUCCCGCUUUUAAAUCACUGGUGGAAAAUUUCGGUAAAAGUAUGGCCAAAAAAUAUUGCGCACUUAUUGGUAGAAAUUAUCAAUGUAUAUUCACGAAAACCCUCCACAGAUAUUUGCAGUAUAUUGAUUGCAUGUUAUUUUCCUCUUUGAUGUGUUGAAGUCGAGUGGAUGCAAGCUCCUCAGACAUGGAGUGGGUGCAGGCUCAUCACUAUUGAUUUACUUUAGGCGUGGAUACAAAUGUAAUGGAUCUGUGACAGUGUUGGGAAGACAUGCAACUACAGAUGAGAAGAUAAAAUCUCAUUAUGAUAUUAUCUCUUUGUUGGGGUCCCCCCGUAGGUUUUUAGUUAUUCUGAGACCUAAGAGAAUAAUGUUUAAUACUCAAAGGAAACUGACUAUGCAUAGGCCAUAUUUAUGGGGUCAAUUUAAAUCUUCUGUAUGUCUACUGAAGAGAGUUUAAAUUUUAACUCUUAAUUUUCACCCAAUUGAGGUGAAAAAAUUCCUUACCAUUCCAGUCAACAUUUACCUCGACAGUGAUACUACUUUAAAAAAAUUUAAAGUCUACAUAACCUCUGGCUCUGACUCUUUCACUUGAAAAUUUAAUCAGUCUUCUAAAAUUAAAACUAAAUGAAAGACUCCUUCAGGUUUUAAAUAUGUUCAUCACUAUUUGAGUUUCGCAUCAGUAGCCUGUUGCACUAAUGACAUAACCAUUACUUACAUUAAUGAAUAAAAAAUGAAAUUGUAAUUGCU